CACCACCUCCCCUUCAAGCCUGCAUCCAUACUCAUACUACCACCUGAUCGUAUUGGUUAUUAUCUUUCAUCCAUGUAUUAACUUCCUCAUAAAUACUCGUCCAGCUCAGUCCAACUUGGCUCCAUCGAACAAACCACCAUGGCUUCACCUGCUCAUCUCGCCUUGCUCAAAGCCGAGUAUGCUUACACUCCCCAAACCGAUGAUGAGAUCGCCUUGGAAGAAGAGAUGCUCUACUAUCUAUUGGACGAUUCUGAUCCAGACUGGUUCAAAGUCAAACUCAAAGCAUCUCCUACUUCCGCCGAUCCCCCUCAAUCUGGUCUGGUACCAGCUAACUACGUCGUACCAGCUCAACCACUUCGUUUGGUUACCGCCCUCUACGCUUAUGAAGCUCAGACUGAGGACGAACUGAUAAUACAGGAAGAUGAAUCAUUACAAUUAUAUGAAGAAGACGGAGACUGGUCGCUGGUUGGCCGGCAUUUGGAAGAGAGCGGCAGGGGCGUUGGUUAUGUGCCGACCGCUUAUAUCGAAGCUGUCGAAAAUAAUGAGGACAUCGAUCAGUCAGAGGGACCUGCUUCCGAGAUUAUCCCAACCCCUGCCAGUCACUCCGGUAUCUCGAAUCCAGAAAGUAAUGGGGCCGCUGGAAUGAACACCUGGUCGGUCACGGAUAUAGACCAUAAAAAAAAGAAGAGAAAAGGAACUCUGGUAAUCGACUCGAGCUCCUUGAUUUUUGCUAGUGAAUCUGACAAAUCGGGCAUCCAAAAAUAUGAUAUGUCGAGUGUGUCUAUCACCAAGACGGAAAAGGGAAAACAUCUGAUGUUGCAAUGUGGCUCUGAGGAACGCCACUUCCAAGUUUCAGAGAAAGAUUUGGAUGAAAUUGUACUCAAGAUCCAACGUUUCCAGCAACAACCUUCGGCAUCUCCACCCAAGCCAAAAUCUAACACCGGUCUCCCAACUCUUCUAUCACCCGCCGUACGCCCCCCUUCUGCCAUGGCUAACCCCGACAAACCUUCAGGAGUGAAUGGUCGCAAAGUGUCCUUUGCCGCUCCUCUGGGAAAACCUGCGACGGCUUUGUACGAUUUCGAGGCUCAGGGCGAUGAUGAAUUGACGGUGGAGGAGGGAGACCGAUUGUAUGUUCUGGAUGACACCUCAGACGAUGACUGGUGGAAAUGCGCCAUGCAGUCCGAUGGGAAGGAAGGUGUUGUCCCGGCUAGCUACAUUGAAUUAGACCAGGGCCAACCCUCAGGAAAUCAGGAAGCUGCAGAAGCCGCCAUGACAGCAGCCGCUGCCGUCACUGCCAAGAAUUGGAGGAUUCAAGAGGAAGAAGACGCUCGAUUAGCUCAGCAACUUGCAAACGAGGAUAGCUCGGAAGCACAAUUGGAAAAUGCUAGAGCUGCUGAUCGCAAGUUGAUCAUCGCCCGGGAAGCCGAACAGCGCAAGAAUGCCGAGGCUGAACUCGCCGCUCGCCGAAAAAAAGAAUCGGAAUCCAGAAGACGCGAAGCGGAGCGUGCAAUGACCAAUCCAGGAUUCUCAAAUGGACCUUCGCCUCCAAAGUUGACUGCACGGCCAGAUUCUGCACAAGGGAUGAGCUAUCAAGAUGACAAUGGCUCGACUCCCGCUCCACCUCGAAGACCUGAUUCUGCUCCGCGGGAAGGUAGAUCUAAACCUCAAGGUUUGGUUCGUACCUGGCGCGAUAGAACUGGUCAAUUCAAAGUGGAAGCUGAAUUUCGAGGAUUGCAGAAUGGGAAAAUCAGACUUCAUAAACUCAACGGUGUCACGAUCGAAGUUCCUCUGGCCAAGAUGUCAUCUGAGGAUGUGAUUUGGUUAGAAGGUGCUACAGGGAGAACUCUCAGGAACCAAGAUGCCGACGAUAUUCCUCUUGCAACUCUAGCUCUCAGCCCCAACCGCCCUGUUGCUCGAUCUGCUCCCUCAGAGCCUCCAAAAAGGCCCAGUGGUCCUGCCAAGCCGCCAAUCGAUUGGUUUGAAUUCUUCCUGAACGCUGGAUGUGAUUUGGAUGACUGCACCCGCUAUUCGACGAACUUUGAAAGAGAUCGAAUUGACGAAAAUUUACUACCAGAUUUGGAACCAGGUACAAUGCGAAAUUUGGGUCUGCGAGAAGGUGAUGUACUUCGUGUUCGGAAAUAUAUCAAGCAGAAGUAUGGCAGCUCCGAAGGGAAUGACGCUGUCACCGCCCAAAUCCAGAAAGAUGAAGAACUUGCUAGAAAACUGCAACAACAGGAUGUCGCCCCUGCCCCCAACAUAUUCACCAACGGUCCCAAUGGGUCACUCAAGAACACCCGGAGGGGGCGCCCUACUCCGAAUCGAUCCGGCUCCUCUGCGGUCGACAUCGACUCGAUCACGAAUGCCAAAGACAAAUUGGUUGAUGCUCCACAGGCUGGAACAUCUUCGACAUCUGCCGAUUCCUCGCUGAUAUCGAUUACACCGUCCAGCACUGCGAGUGGCUUUGAUGAUGAUGCUUGGCAAGUCAGGCCGAACUCGACGACACCUGCCGCACCGGCACCUGUUGCCAAUCCUCCUGCUAGAUCUGCUUCGAUCAAUGCAACACCGGCUACAUCAUCGGCAGACUUGAAGCCGACAUCAGAACCAUCAAAACCUUCAUUGAACGACGAAAUCUUUGAGAAGAUCAUGAAUCAUGCCAAGCAGAGUGAAGCUGCAGCGAGCCAGUCGGCCCCUGUAUCGGCUCCUAUGCCGCCCGUUGCUCCCCAACCCACUGGCUUUAAUCCUAACGGCCCCCGUGGGCCGUUGGCACCUGUUGCUUCCAAUGCACCACUCUUAAAUCCUCUCGUGCCACUCAAUUCGGGUAUGUCUGGUUUUGUCCCGACGCGUCCAAACACUCUCCAAGCACAGCCCACAGGCUUCAACCCCACAAACUCACAAAUGAACUCAUCAAGCGGGUUCACUCCCAACCCAAUGACCAUGCAACCCACCGGCAUGGGUCUCGGUAUGGGCAAUCAAGCUGGAAUCCAGAUGAUCCAGUCUCAGCCCACUGGGAUGAUGCAACCUCCGGCCUUCGGGAUGAUGCAAUCGCAGCCCACAGGCAUGAUGCAGUCCCAGCCGACAGGAAUGAUGCAAUCCCAACCGACAGGGAUGAUGCAGUCCCAUAUGACAGGGAUGGCACCCCAGCCGACUGGAAUGAACCAAAUGGGAAACAUGCAGCCGCAAAUGACUGGCUUCAAUCCAGCCUUCUCGUCUGGCUUAACUCCACCUGUGCCCAGCAUUCCAAGUAUAUAUGCCGGCUCCUCCCAGCCGCCGGCUAAAAGCUUCAAUCCUAGCGAUAUCUUCGGCCAGAUGAAGACUGGACAGUUUGCUCAAAAUGCGAAUGCGGGGCCCCAGGAUCCGAACAAAUACAACGCAUUACGAGCACAGCCAACGGGUUUCGGAUCCACUGGUGGGACAUUCACGCAACAAUUCAUGCCCAAUAAUGUCCAGAUGCAACAACAGCAACAACAAUCACAAGCGGGGAUGAUGCAGCCGUUGACGGCACAACCCACCGGGUUCGCUCCUGGCGGCUAUCUCAUCAAUCAACAGACUGGAAUCCCGCCCCAGAAUCAGUUCCCUAGUCAAAAUCCAAAUCAACAAUGGAGAGGCUUUUGAUCUUACAACCCCGUCUUUUUCCAUUUCUGCAUCUUAGUUUGGGUUUCUCUCUCUUCCUUUAGCCACCCAGUGCGUGUGUUAACAAUUUGCUUACUUUGGUUUGUAUUGGGCAAUGAUUUGUAUGCACACACAUAACAUUACAUGGCAGCUUGUUUUUUUUGAAAAUUCCAUAUAUCUCUACUUCUCUCACCUUGCAAAUCUUUUGGUCUUCUUUCCUUGCCAUGCAGAGCCUCUUUUUGUCCUAUCUAACCUUGAUUAUUUGAUUUAUGUUUCUCUUCUACUUCAACUUUCUAUCACCCCCUUUUGUUAAAAAAAGAUGAAAAGUUUCAACUUGAAUAAUUGUCAAUUAUUGAAGUAGAAUGAUUCUUGUAAUGAUUUGGCAAAAAAAGAGGAAAACAGUGACUUAUUUAUUUUAGUUGAUUUAGGCCACUAUUGUCUCUUGAUUUUCCAUCAAUGUAAAUAUCCCAAUGUAACAAUCCAAUCACUCAUGCUCUUUCCUUGGGGGUGGUCUGGGUUUC